UCCGCCCCACGCUGUAAAGUCCGCACUUCCUAAAUCGUAACACCGCAGCGCGAUGCUGACAGCUGCUGCCUUUCAACAAACCCGUUUGGAUCCACGUUACAAAGUGACCCUCGCAAAACUGAGCUCGUCUUCAGCGGCAGGUCCUCUCCGUGUCGCACCUGUCCGGAAAGCAGCCAUUCCAGUAUGUCAGGGAUGACAGCCAGUACAGCAAACUACCUGUGGUCUUUAGAAGAUGUCCUUGGGCAGGGGGCUACUGCCAGUGUCUACAAGGCACGCCAUAAGAGGUCGGGUGAGCUGGUGGCCGUCAAGGUGUUUAACAUAGUGAGCUACAACCGCCCCCACGAGGUCCAGAUGAGGGAGUUCGAGAUGCUCCGGAAGCUCAACCACAAUAAUAUUGUCAGGCUGUUCACUGUGGAAGAGCUUCCCUCUAAACAGAAGGUGCUGGUGAUGGAGUAUUGUUCUGGAGGGAGUCUCCUCGGCCUGCUUGAAGAGCCAGAAAACGCCUUUGGUCUGGCUGAAACAGAGUUCCUCACAGUAUUGCAGUGUAUAGUGCAGGGUAUGAAUCACCUGCGGGAAAAUGGAGUGGUACACCGGGACAUUAAGCCAGGGAACAUCAUGCGGCAGGUUGGGGAGGACGGCAAGUCGGUGUACAAGCUGACAGACUUUGGAGCAGCAAGAGAGCUCGACGAUGACGAGAAGUUUGUAUCCAUUUACGGAACCGAAGAGUAUCUGCACCCAGACAUGUAUGAACGUGCAGUGCUGCGUAAGCCUCAUCACAAAUCUUAUGGAGUGAGCGUUGACUUGUGGAGCAUUGGUGUGACCCUGUAUCAUGCUGCCACUGGGAGCCUUCCCUUCACACCAUAUGAAGGACCACGCAGGAACAAGCCCAUUAUGUUCAAAAUAACCACAGAGAAGCCUAUGGGGGCAAUAGCUGGAGUACAGCGGGUAGAAGGCGGACCCAUAGAGUGGAGCUACCACCUACCUCACAGCUGCCAGCUGUCACAGGGUCUGAGGGUGCAGCUGGUUCCAGUACUAGCAGGUAUAAUGGAGGCCGACCAGGAAAGGUGUUGGGGUUUUGACCAGUUCUUCACAGCCACCACAGAUAUAUUGCAGCGGCAACCAGUUCACCUCUUUUCUCUGCAGCAGGCCGUGGCACACUGUAUCUACAUACACCACUACAACACAGUGUCGGUCUUCUUUGAAGAGGUGGCGUCUCAAACAGGUAUCGCGGUACAGCAGCAGCAUCUCAUGUACCUCGGACAUGAGCUCCCUUUGGAGGGCAGCAUGAAGGUGGUCAAUCUUCCACGGACUUCACCCUCUCGGCCCCUCAUUCUGCUCAGCUACGCACCCGAAGCAAACACCAGCCUGCCCUUCAGAGAACCAGAGAGUCCUGUCAUCCCGGCCAGGUUUGAUGUUGUGGCAGACUACAGUUUUUCCAAGGUUAUAGUAGGUGUGGUACACCAGUAUCGGAGGAUAGUACAGCUGCUGCAUACACACCGAGAGUUGCUGCUUCAGGGAUAUUACAGCUACAUGAUGAAGCUGCACAGUGAGUGCAAAGACGCCAUGCACAGCAUCGCUAUGAUCACCAUCAGACUGCAGUCCUGCCUCAACACAGAACACAGGAUUCUCACACUGGGCCCUUACGCUUCAGAAAAUCAAGGCUCAGCUGCUGCCGGUCAAAGGCUGCGGCUGGUUCAUGAACACCUCCCUGUGUACACCACUGGUAUUCAGGAGUUUCAGACCCGACUAGACCACCUGCAGAUAGAACAGGCCAAGCUGGCAGAGACUCUGGCCAAUGACAAGAGCGCUCAGAAGAUGGAGAUGCUGCUACAGAAGAUAACAGCAAUUCAUCAGCAUUAUCGUAAAGACAGAAUAACUGGCAAGCUAGCAUACAACGAUGAGCAAAUCCACAAGUUUGAGAAAAUCCACCUGUCAGCCCACAUUAAACGAGUGAAAUCUCUCUUCAGGGAAGACUGCGUGCAGAGAUACAAAGAGCUUUUGGCCUCAACAAGAACAUGGAGCAGCGUUAUGCUGGAGAUGCAGACCCGGCUGCAGGACUUCAGUUCUUUCUCUGCAGGCUUGUUGGCAGACCUAGAGAUGAGUGAGCAGUGCCAGAGUAAGGUCAUGGACAGAAUCCUUUACACUCUGCAGUCCAAAAGACCAGAACAACAGCCAGCAAUCAUACCCAAGGACAAUGACCAGAUGGUCUCCAGGAUGCACCAUUUGAAGGAGGAAAUGGAGGUUUUGGUGAGGGAGCUACAGUGUAACAACAGUAUUAUUGAGAGCCUGGGAGCAGUGAACUCUGCUGCAGCUCUGGAGCCAACUCUAGCCAGACCUUCCACACUGUGACACAAGAGCUGCAUCUUUGGAUCUUGCCUCACAAAGGCGCGCACACUCUCUCUGACAAUCACCUCAUCUUAAAUGCCUUUAAUGAAUGCUCUGGCUCUCCUUUGGAGGACCGUCUGCAGUCUUUCUUAUAGGAAGGGGAAGCAGAUAAGAACAAUCAAUUUAGCAAUAAGAUGAACAGAAAGAGAGAGAGAGAAGGAAGGGCUUCAAAUCUCUGUGUGUGCACUGCCUGAGCAUGGCAGUUUAAUAAAAUCUUCAUUAAUGUCUUUAGUGUUAUUGUAUUUGUAAUAGGCUGCCAUGGUGAUAGACAGCCUGGAUAAAAUGAAUGCAGAGUCAGCUCUUAGACUUUUUUUUUUGUGUGUGUGUGUGUGGUUGUGUUUGCUCUUUGUUUCACAGAAGAGGAAGAGGAAGAUCUGGAGAACCUUGAAUAAUAAAUGUAACCAGACAGAAUGUGUACCAGGAUCCCAGAUCCUUAUCAUGGUUGUGAUGAUAUUUGGAUUGUAAAAACAUGUAAAUAGAACAUAAUAAAUCUGUUUGCUUUUAUCCCUGAUUUUAACAAGAUCCAGCAAAGAAAGUUCAGAAGCCUGGAUGAGCUGUUUACUUGCAGUGUUUGUGUACUUCAGGGAGCAUUACCAGGCUUCUCUUUGUAAAGUAUGAUGCUGUACAAACCUGCUUAUAACCAGGAUAAUGGCUCCACAUGUAGAUUUUCAUGUGGACUAAGGUCUGUAUUUGUGUCUGUUUGACUUGUCAGUUGUUUUUUUUUUUUUUAUACUAGUGGUUGAUCAUUCAACUUAAUGAUGAAUUCGCUGUUUUUGCAGUUUUUAAGCUACAUUUGUUUCUGUUCCUGUUGGUGUUUUAUUGGAACGAUAAAAUAAUUCUCUGUAUUUUUUAUAUCACGGGAUUCCCUGUAAAAGAGAAGGAACACAGUCAGGGGAAACUCAGAACUCACCACAGUGUCUUCUUUUCUUUACAGAAAGGCAUGAAGUUAACACUUUAGUAACAACUGACCAAAAUGACAUUAUGAAGUGACAUUAGAGACUGUGGGUGCUUGCUGGGGAAAUCCCAACUUUGUUAUUUGUUAUUCAUGAAAGGCGACAUUUGGAGGGGGGGCGAAAAAUACCUUUUGUUU